AGACACAGCCCGAGAAGAGAAGAGAGACCCUUGAAUUUCAGUCCCUUCCUUCACUUGCAGCAUCCUGUGCAAAUUAAAUCAUACAACACACCUGAGCCUUCGUUUGCCCAUCUGUAAAAUAGGUCGACCCUGCCCUAUCUUACCAGCCAAUGACAAGAACAUAUUAUUGUUUCACUGCAGAUAGAUGCGCUAAGGCUUUAGAACAUGCUUUUUAUUUGAUUGGGAGCUCAGCAUAAAUGCUAGAGGGGCUGCUGAUCUGACAGACCACAGAGCUGACCCAUGGCUGAACCCCAACAGGACAUGAGGGAGAAGCCUGCAGGUGAGUCUUUAAUUCCUAAAAUGAAUGACUUCACUGAAGUUGAACUAGAUAGGCAAGCGCUGAGUUACCAAAAUCUACUAAAAGUGAGCUGCUGUGAACUGGGGAUUAACCCUGAGCAAGUGGAAAAAAUCAGAAAGCUACCAAACACACUACUCAGAAAGGACAAAGACAUUCUAAGACUACGGGACUUUCAAGAAGUAGAACUAAUUUUAAUGAAAAAUGGAAGCUCUAAACUGAUAGAGCACACACCAUCUCUGUUAGAGAAGCCCUGCUACAACAGCAAUGCUGCAAAAAUGACAUAUUAA